AUGGACCCAGCUGGAACCUGCUGCCUGCCGCUGGGGGAGGGGUGUUUGCCCGUUGCCAGGCACCCGGGUUCUAUCCGGGCAUUUGGUGCCACCAUGCUGCUCGCACCGUCCUUCCUGCUCCUGCUGCCCCUGCUGGCCCUGCCAGCUCCCUCCCACGCCUGGUCUCGGCCCCUGUGGUACCAGGUGGGGCUGGACCUACAGCCCUGGGGCUGCCAGCCCAACAGCCUGGAAGGUUGUGGGGGCAGCCUGGGCUGUCCUGGCCACUGGAUGGGCCUGGGGAUGAACCGCAUCUACCCUGUAGCCGGGGUCACGAUCACCACGACCAUGAUGCUGAUGUUGGGCCGAGCGGUGCUGCAGCGGCGGCGCUCCCAGGCUUCUAAGUCUGAGCAUCCACAGGUGACCACUAACCUCCCUGGACCCUGGAAAUGGCGGACCCCAAUCUCAGACCACGCCCUGCUCCUUGGUGUCCUGCACAUGCUGGAUUCCCUCCUGGUCCAUAUUGAGGGCCACCUGCAGCGUAUAUCCGCCCAACAGGAGACCCAAAUAAAGGGGACUCCCGCCCAGAGUGGGUGA